AUGUCAACUAAUGAAGAAAGAGAAAUGGAAGAGGAUGAGAUAGAAGAAACGUCAUUGACGGAAAAUAAAGAAAAAUACAGACUGCGAGAAUCUUCCAUGUCUUCUGGAAAAAUGAGUUAUAAGAAAGCAUGGGAUGAAAUUGCGCGAGUAAUGAAUGUUAAAGGAUAUGAUGUCUCGGGUAAACAAUGCAUGACAAGGAUUAAUACAAUGAAGCGAACAUAUAAAACGGUCAAAGAUCAUAACGGAAGAUCUGGUAACAAUAAGCGCACUUGGAAAUAUUAUGACGCCAUGGAAAGUCUUCUUAGCCGAAAACCAUUUAUGGAACCGUUGACAACCAUUUCGUCAAGUGAAUCCGUAACAUCGAGGCCUGAAAGGCCGGACUCUCGAGGUAGUAGCAGCAGUAGUGUCUCUACCUGUGAAUCCGGUGAAGCUCCUCGUAAACGUAAAGCCACUGAUCAACCAGCCAUCAUACAAACACUAACAGAAAAGCGCCAAAAAGCUGAAAAAGAAAAAGCAAAGAGACACAAAGAAAGGAUGGAAAUGGGAAACAAAAUGUUGGCAAAACUGGAUAAACUUCUAGAGAAAAAGUAA